UACCCGACAGUCCGGCCCCAUGGUCUUCAUUCAAAAUUGCGAAUAGUAUCAUUCUGUCUGACUCAACAGUUCUUCCACUCGGGCCGUUAUUUCUUUCUCAACCAAUUGGGCCAUUUCGGAAUCCGUUUAUUAACUACACGCAUCUUGAGCUUGAACCACCUCCAUGUCUUCUCCCAUUCUCGCAGGAGCUCUCGGAGAAUGCUGCUUUACUGCAGUAAAGCAUGAAGGGACGCCCGUCGGGAGAACCGAUAUCAUUGCUGGUGUACCGACCUACGUUUCCGAACCCCCGUCCGCCAAGACCGUCCAAAAGACGAAAGUUGUGUUGUACUUUGCUGACGUCUACGGCCCAUUGCAUAUCAACAACCAACUUGUUCAAGACUACUUCGCCUCUCAAGGAUUCAUCGUCGUCGGGAUCGACUACUUCCUCGGAGAUUCGUAUGGUUUUCACACAGAGCCGGACUUUGAUAUGCAUCCAUGGAUAGACAAGUCGACGCAACGAGCAUUGGAGGUAACGCCGAGAUGGUUGGACGCUGUUCGGGAAAAAUACGGCAAGGAUUCGCAGUACGCAGCCGUGGGAUACUGCUUCGGUGCUCCAUUCGUUUUGGAUCUCGCGAUUCGUGGAGACAUCGUGGCUGGCGCCAUUGCGCAUCCAGCAUCGCUCACUGAAGACCACUUCAGGAAUAUCAAGAAACCUCUAUUUCUAUCAUGCGCGGAAUCUGACAUCACCUUCCCUCUGGAGAAUCGUCGACGCGCUGAAGAUAUCCUGGUUGAAGUAAAGGCCAGUUACUGUUUCCAGAUUUUUUCCGGGGUCGAGCAUGGGUUCGCUUUGAGAGGCGAUCCAAAUGUUGGCGAUACUCGCUGGGCAAAGGAAGAGUCCGCGCGAGGGAUUGCGAAUUGGUUUCAGCGGUUUUGUGCUGAGGACUUGAAAUCAGUCAGAUAGGAGCUGUAUCAGUCCUCAGAGAAGAAGUGAAGUAGUAAUCAUUUCUGCUACGGUUUGAAGAAGAAAGCUGUUAUGGAU